AAUGUUUUGAGCAUGCGCAGUUGUUCUUCGAAAUAAACAACAAACUUGGUUAAUUAUUUGCUCGUUUAUGGUGUUGUUUCGGGCUUUUCAGCGCAGGUGAAAAGUUACAGCAACGACACUUGACAUUGUGACUUAUAUCAGCGUGAGUUGACUAAAUUUAAAAGAGGAAGAAGAAGUGUAUUAAACGGUGCGGUGUCAUAUGACGGGAAAGAUCUAAUCUGGAAGCGUACACAGACCUUAUUAGGGUUCAAGGUAAUAAAAAUGGAGUGUGGUGCAGAAGGGAGCACAGAAGGAGGUCAAUCUGAGUUGGUUCCUCGUGCUCAGCAGGUGUGCCGCUUCUUCUUUCAAGGACGACGUUGCCAUUAUGGCAGUAAGUGUAAAUUUUUACACUUAAAAGACGAGAGCAAAGCUGAUGGGACGCCCAGCCAGUCAGAUGCUGCACCUUUAAACUCUCGGGGUCUUCAUGAGGGGAACAGGCUCUCAUUUUCCCAUAAUCCAAAGGUUGCUCCUGCAGCCGGCCGCCGCCCCUGUCGCUACUUUCUUUCAGGAUACUGCACGAUGGAGGACCAAUGUCGCUUCUGGCACCCACCACAGUUACUUGUUGUGGAUGCUGUGCCUGUUCCUGGCAAUUUCUCCAAAGCUGCACCUAGCUGUCCCCCAAUGUCACGUCCCAGCAGCCUUCAGGAGGUGAAGCUUUGUGACGUGACUGAGGAUAUAGCCAAGCAGAUGAGAGACACUGAGGUCAAACAGAUGAAGAAACGAUUCCCCAAAGAUCAGCUGAUCGUUCAGGAGAGAAGUGACGGCAAAGUGACGUAUUACAGGGCAACUGUGGAGGCCACGGAUCCAGACUGGCCUUUUGAUCUGAAUGAAAUUGAUAUAAUGGUGAGCUUCCCAGACGAUUAUCCUCUAGAGAUUUUCACAUUAGACAUACCACUGGAUCAAGAUCUACCACCAGUUAUGGCAAAGCACGUACAAGAAGCAUCUAUAGAGUGGCUUCAAGCUAAACAUGCUACUAAUCAGUUGCUGGGGAAAGUUGAGCUACUUUUCCGGCCUUUUCUUCGCUGGCUGGAUCGGAGCUUGGAGCGACUGUUCACCGAAGGAGCCAGACGGUUAAAAAAAGACGUUGACUUAGAAAAAGCUGGACUGCAGUUCAUCCCGUACCAAGAGCUCAAGGGGUCAGCAAGUGAAAACUCUGAUCCGGCCUCCAGCAAUGUAGACGUAGAUCAGAACGUCUGCAGCACAGAUGAUGUUCUGGAUGAUGGGCAGGGGAAGGAGGAUGUUUCAGGGCAACAGGGGAGUCCAGGUUAUGAUGAAGGUCAGGAGGAGGAGGUGAGUCAGCUGGUGGAGAACAUCAAGAUCAGUGAUCCUCGCAGAGGCACAGAGGUGAAGCUGCUGGGGCUGGAACUGGGAGAAAACACGGCCACUGUGGUCGCGCAUCAGAUCACCGUUUGUCUGCAGUGUAACAGGUGUAAGGUGACUGCAGAUCUGAUGCUCACUGGAAGGACGCCUUGCAAAGCUCAGUGUGAAAGAUGUAAUGCAGACAUCAGCGCUGCCUUCAGGCCUUGCAUGCUGCACCAUUACUGUGACGUUCUGGGAUAUUUGGACCUCCACAACGCUACGCCCGCCGACCUCGUGCUUCAGGACUGUGACCUGACUGUGGGCUGCCUCAGCUGCUCUCAGGAGGUCCCUAUACAGCAUGUUCUCUACGGACAAACUAAAGAGUUUAACUGUGAACACUGCCACGGGAAACUCAGCAUCCUGGCCGAGAGCACAAGAUUUCAGUUCAUUCAGCCUCGCUCCUCCAACAAAUUAGGUUCAAGUGCUGCCAAUUACAAAGAAAUAAGAGAUCCAGCUGUUCAAAAGGGAAAGCCACUGCCAGACAAAGGAACGUGCAAACAUUACAAACAGAGCCACCGAUGGCUGAGGUUUCCCUGCUGUGGGCGGGCUUAUGCCUGUGAUGUUUGCCACGACGAGAACCAGGACCACCCCAUGGAGCUCGCCAACAGAAUGAUUUGUGGAUUUUGUGCCAAAGAACAGCCUUAUAACAAUGGAAAGCCUUGCAUGAGCUGUGGGAGCAUGAUGACGAGAGGCACUCGCACCAGCCACUGGGAGGGAGGACUGGGAUGUCGAAACAAGGCCAAAAUGAGCAGAAAUGAUCGACAAAAAUAUGCCAACUCCAACAAAACGGUUUCCAGGAAGGCAGCCAGCGAGAAGAGCUAAAUGCCG